UUCAACUCACACAAAAUACACAACAAGUAUGGACAGACCUAGUUUUUAGAUGUAAAAUACAACAAAAAUGGUGAAAAACGAAAAAGGUAGAUUACCGCAAACAGAAAUCUCAGGAAAACAUCAGAAAGAGGAAUUCAAAAAUGGUUCUGAAACUAAAGAAGAGAAGAAAACUCCGAAUACGGAGGAAAAUAUAAAAAAUAAGGAAACAGAAAAAAAUCCACAUCUGACAAAACUUGAGGACUGGAUUGAAUCCCACUCCCAGAUACUAGUUGACCCCUGGACUGAGCCUGACUGUUGUAGCUUGGAAUAUCAGCUUGCCACCAAACCACAGAUUAAUCAAGAUGGUGAUGAAGGAGAAGAAUCUGAUCCUGGUAUUAUAGAUCCAACCUUUGACAGGGAGGAUGAGGAGGAAUCCACGUGGUCAGGACAAUAUAAUAAGAUGGGUCAACUUCAUGGGUCUGGUAUACUCAGGUUAUAUGAUGGUGACACGUUCACCGGCAGCUAUAUAGAUGGAUUGCGGUCAGGUUGGGGCAUAGUUACCAGCUCAGUAGCAGGAAUAUCAUCUCUCACUGGGAUUUGGGAGGACGGAUAUCUUCAAGGGAAAAUAAGACUGGUGACAUCUGAUACUUCAGUGGUAGAAGGGUGGUGUCGGUACAGUAAACUAAAUGGUCCUGCUAGAACAAUCAUUAUGAAAAAAUUUAGGACAUUUCGACAGCAGGUGAGCUGGUUGGGCCGGUACAAGGAUGGUGUACACUGGGGACAGUGCUGGCAGUGGGUGGAAGGUGGAGGCUAUAUUACAGGUCGGGUAAACAGUAAUGGUAAGAUGACUGGUCCAGAUAUAGGAUUCUUGUAUCCUGACCUAUACACAGCAUUAGUCGGUCAGUUUGAAGAUGGUCGAAUGGUUAGAGCCUACCCUGCAGUCCUUGAUACGGUUCAAAUUGAGAACGAUAUCGCAGUGCCUCACUUCUCAAGGCUGAGUAACCAGAGUGUACGGUACAUGAAAAGUUGUAAAACUAAUGUUGGUGACAACCCACUAAUUGAAGAUCCAUAUGAAUCUAGAACUUGUCAGGUGCUGACUAGUAAAGUUGAAGGAGGAGGAGAAGGAUUGUAUGCCAGAAGAAAAAUCAAGGAAAGGGAAAUCGUUGCAUUUUAUAAUGGAGUUCGUCUUCCAUAUUCACCAGGAGAAAAGGAGGAUUGGGACACUUCAGGUAAUAAUAAUAUUAAUAAUAACGAGCUCAAGUGCCCGGCGUUGACCGUGGAAUUUAAGAAGACUUUGAAAAAAUUCAAUUUGGUCUAA